AUGGCAGGCAUUCGAUCACCCCAAGAGAGUUUGCAACCGUACUGCUGUACAUCGCUGGAGCCAACAUCUCUGCUGUAUUUUUCCGCUCUUUUCUCUUCGCCUACGGUGGUCUACGUGCCGCUCGAGCCACGUACAACAAGCUGGUACAGAGCGUGUUUGCCGCUCCUUUGUGGUUUUUUGAACGUACACCCACCGGCCGUGUUCUCAAUCGAUUGA